GUCGCGAGUACAUAGUAUUGGGCAGCACUUGCAGUCUUGCACUUCUAUCUAAUCUAAUCUUCAAGCAACACCCACUUACGAAAGUAUUUUCUACAGUAUUCUUUUGCAAACUUUGUAACUAAUUCGACUCUUCCACCUUCAGUUCUAUACUAAAGUAUUCUUGAAAAAUGCCAUCCUACAAGCUGACUUACUUCCCCGUAAAGGCUCUUGCCGAGCCCAUUAGAUUCAUCUUCAGCUAUGCCGGAGUUGACUUUGUCGACGAUCGUUUCGACCGUGAGGAUUGGCUAAACAUCAAGCCGACUACUCCAUUUGGUCAGGUGCCGGUAUUGGAUGUCGAUGGCAAAAAGGUCAAUCAGUCGACGGCGAUUGCACGUUAUCUGGCCAAACAGCACGGUCUUGCCGGCAAAGAUGAUUGGGAAAACUUACAAAUUGAUGCUACCGUCGAUACCAUUCAUGAUCUUCGUGCUAAAAUUGCUGCACACCACUAUGAAAACCAACCUGAAGCAAAGGCCCAAAAAUUAGAGGCAGCUAGUGAACUUGUACCUUUUUACAUUGAACGCUUGGAUCAGCAGGUCAAAAAUAAUGGCGGCUACUUUGUCGGCGGCAAAUUAACCUGGGCGGAUAUAACUUUUGUUGCAUUGUUGGAUUACUUGAAUUUUAUGGCCCAAUACGACAUCAUUAAGAAAGCUGAAAACUUAAAGGCACUCAGGGAAAAAGUAUUAUCACAACCCGGUAUCAAAUCUUGGGUUCAGAAACGACCGGAUACUGAAAUGUAAUUGAUUACUCAUAAAGAAAAAUAAAAAAUAUUUUUAUUCUUUCAGAAAUUUUUUCAAUACAAUAAAUAAACAUAA